ACCGUACAUUUCCGGCGUAUUGACGUAUUCUCUCUUAGCAGACAGAGUCUUGGGGAGGGGGUAGUAUGUGUGUGUGUGUAUGUAUGUACAUGUGUGACAGACACUGAGUGUGUGUGUGUAUAUGGAGAAUUUGAGUCUCGCGCAAGCGCUGCAGAAAUUGAAGUGCGGACAGUGGUGGCGCCGUUGGCUGUAGCUCCUUUCUCGGUCAAUUUCUCCACUUGUGUGGACGGACGGGUAAUCCGUUAACAGUGCAUUUCGCUUCGGUUUGAGGGAAGUCAAGUACCCGAAUGUAGACCUUAUAUACACAGUCACAGCAGUGCCUGUGCCCGAUGAAGCGGCACGUAUGGUAACCCUCAUCUUCGCUUUGAAUUCCAGGAGACAAUCAUGUUUGCAGUGCGGAUUGUCACUGCUGAUUAUUAUAUGGCCAGACCCAUUAAAGGACUGGAUGUGUGUUUUUCGGAAUUCCGAGACGCUGAGGUUAAAAAGGUGCCAGUUGUUCGGAUAUUUGGUUCAACACCUGCAGGUCAGAAGAGUUGUCUCCAUGUACAUGGCAUCUUCCCUUAUUUCUACAUCCCGUACGAUGGCUAUGGGCAGAGGCCUGAGACCUUUCUUCGUCACGUAGCUUUUAGUAUUGACAAAGCUGUCAAUGUUUCUUUGGGCAACCCUUCGUCUACAGUUCAGCACGUAUUCAAAGUGACAUUGGUAUCAGGAAUGCCUUUUUAUGGUUACCAUGAGAAAGAAAGACCGUUCAUGAAGAUCUUUCUUUACAAUCCUGCCAUGGUUAAAAGAGUGUGUGAGCUGUUGCAAGGUGGUGCUGUUAUGAACAAGCCUUACCAGCCCUAUGAAGCCCAUAUCCCAUUCCUCCUCCAACUUUUUAUUGAUUAUAACCUUUAUGGAAUGAAUCUGAUACAUUUAGCUGCAGUAAAGUUCAGAAAGACUCGCUUGAAAGAUCCAGUCCAGCAGAAAAAUAUUAAGCAGGAAGAAGUUGCCAAGAACAUCAGAGAAAAAGAUGCAAGUUUGUUGCGGAGUCCCAUUUCUUGUAAGAUGCGUGAUUUAGAGAACUCUUUAAUGACUACUUGCACAUGGUGGGAAGAUGAUCAGAUACCCAGUUCUCUUGUGCUGGAGGGUGUAGAUCGAAUGAGUACGUGUGAACUGGAAGCAGAUGCAGUUGCUGAAGAUGUCUUAAAUCAGCUAGAAAUUGAGGCUCAGAUUGGUAAAAAUCCUGGUCUGCAAGCAAUUUGGGAAGACGAAAAACAACGUCGCCGAGAAAAAAAUGAAAGUUCCCAAAUUGAACAGUGUGAUUCUCAAGAUCGUGGAUUUGUACCAGUAACAAAGAGUGAAAAAGGGUUUCAGAAGAGGUUGAAAACUAUCCUUAAGCAAAAUGAUUUCUCCCUAACGCUGACAGGUUCAGUGAAUGACAGCAGUGGAGAAGAGAUUUCUGAUGAGCUAACACUACAUUCAGAGGUGCUAUCUCCCGAGAAUCUGCCCUGUUCACCAGCCAGUCAUGUGGAAGUUCAUAAAGAUAAGGAAUAUGACCCAGACAAGAAUCCAUGUGAGAAAGAAGAAGAAGCCGUAGUUGAUGAAGAAGCCAUACUGAAUGUAAUGGAAAACAGCCAGACUUUCCAGCAUUUGUCACAAAGAUUUCAUGGCGGUAGUCAAGAUCAAACCAUGAUACACCUGCUGGCUGGACUGGAGGAGGAUGGGUUCCAGACUGAGAAUCCAAGUCAACGAACUAAUCAUCAGGUCACAGGGAGCCGCGGCUAUUCACAGAACAGUGAUGAUGAGGAGAAUGAGCCUGAGAUUGAAAAGGAGGAGAUGGAACUUAGCAUGAUAAUGUCCCAGAGUUGGGAUACUGGCAUUCCUGACCAAGAUACCAAAGCCAAAUCUUCUGAGAAGAUGUAUGAAAGUUCAUCUGAAGAUUACUCCUGCUCAGAGGAUGAAAUGGAGUGGAGUGGAAGCAGUUCCAUGUUGGCUAACUUGUCUAUUCCUCAACUUGAUGGAGCUGCAGAUGAAAACAGUGAUAACCCACUGAACAAGGAGAGUUCAAGGACUCAUUCUUCUAUAACCGCAACAGGGAAGAUGUUACUGAAUACAUCUAUUUUUCAUAAAGAAGCUGCUACACUAGAACCCCAGUCAUCUGCUAAAAUUGGAUUACUGUGUAAACACUCAAGUGCCCUUUCAUCCCACACUGUGACCAAGAUGAAUUUGACAGAUGACUUUGCCCAGCAAAAGUGUAUAAACAGUGUAGAGAAGCAGACCAAGUUCCCAGCUCCUACUGCUCCAGCAGCAAAUACAUUCGCCCAUAGAUAUCCAGUUCCCUGUAAUAAUAAUAUUCAUCCAAACCAUACCUUUAUAGACACUAGUAAGGCAAAUAUUUUCUCACUGUUUCCAUGUGAGGAGAAGAAAAUGAGUGUGAAAAAUGGAGAGAGUAUGGUUUCACAGACCAGUCGACUACACAGCAGGAAAAAACAUGGGUGCAGUAAAAAACCCGAAAUAUCUCCAGGUUUAUUGCAUCAUAACAGUCAAAACAGUAAUAGUCCUAGUGUCUUAUGUAGAACUUCUUGCAGCGUCCCUGAUGUGGUUCACUCUCAUGGCAGUGCCUGUGUUAAGGUACGUGAAAAAGUAAACUGCAGUAAUACAUUAGUUACCGAACCUGUAGUUUCUUUGGUGCAGGAAAACUGUGAAUUUGCAACCAGCAGUAAUAUCACUGCUACUAAAAACAAAGAUGAUGAUGGAGAUGAUGCAAGCUGUGGAAAACUGAGUAUGCAAUAUGAAGUAAUUAAAGCACCUGUGACUGAUGUAGAAAACUCUGUCCAUCAGGAUGCCAGCUACAGGUUUUUCCCAAGUGUAGUUUUGUCCAACUGCCUUAAUCGCCAAGAAAAUGUACAGAACACUCAAAGUCAAACAGUGCAGCCAGUUACCCGACCAUCCAGGUUAAAAUUUUGUGAGAAGAAUCUAAAUGUCAGUAAUCAGGCAGCAUCAGAACAUGGGUCUCUGGUUGUAAAAACUGAAUCUGGUAGUCAUUUUCAUGAUUGUGAUUUGCCCUUAUCUUUGGAUGGAGCACGCGGCAGUGACAGAGCCAUUGGAGCUACACCACCAGUAGAAAGCAAGCUUUCCUUUUCUGUAAAUAAUGAAGUGCCAUUGCAACUAAAUGCUGAUCAAGCUUUAACUUUAUAUGGAAGCAAAUACACACUUAGAACUAAGCGGAAAAUGAACUAUGAGACCGAAGGCAGUGAGUCAGAGUUGAGUUCGUUAAACUCCAAAGUAGCCUUACAUUCACCAACAGCAGAUGACAAUGAUAUUGAAAAUUUACAGCAGAAUCGUAAAAAAAGAAAAGUGGCUCAAAAAGAGCCACCAAUAAUCAUUAAGUAUAUUAUAAUUAAUAGAUUUAAGGGCAGAAAAAAUAUGCUUGUUAAAAUAGGAAAAAUAGAUCCCACAGAAAACCCAGUGGUACUCACAGAGUCAAAUCUUGAAAUGUACAAAAGACUGGCACCUUUAAAGGACUUUUGGCCAAAGGUUCCAGAGUCAUUGGCUACCAGAUAUCCAUUAAUACCAAAGAAGAUAUCUAGAAAGAAGACAAAAAGCAAAUCCUCAAAGAAAAAAUCUGGAAAAUCUCUUAAGACAGAUAAAAAUGUUGUUAGAAAUAUUAAAAGGACUUAUUGUUUUAAGAAAAAAGUAGUACAUGAAUUUCUUCCUACUCCUUUCCCAUGUUAUAACUCUGAAGCUGAUGACUGCAAUUUAGACUAUAGUGAUGUAAUGUCUAAUCUAGGUUUCCUUUCAGAAAGAAGCCAAAGUCCAGAAAAGCCGUCACCUCCUAGAUGUUGGUCUCCCACAGAUCCACAGUCCUCUAAAUUAGCAGUCUUCUCUCAGGAAGGCACUUUAUUGAACAGUUUUGCAACCAGUAGACAUAAUCGAGGACAAAGUCAGUGUGUGAGAAGCAGGAAAAAAUCAGCUUCCAACCCUGUUACUAUAGCCGAAAAGAAUAAUAAAUUGAAGCAGGCUAAAACAGCAAGGGGUGCUACAGCUACUAAUAAAAGGAACAGGCAAAGAAAAAAUGCAAAAGAAAAAAGCAAGUCAAAAACCUGUAUUGAAUUCAGUGAAAGGCCUGAACCCCCUCCGGUGUGCAGCACUGAAUUAAGAUUAACUCUGGAGCAGACUCAUGGUGAGAAUCUGGGUUUUGUAAGCUCUCUGAUAGCAAGCACUCAGAAGGAUGUUUCUCUUAACUCUUCAGUGGGUCACCUUCUGGUGUCAUCAUCCUGUAACACACGAGGAGAUUCAGCAGUAGGUUUGCUGGAAGCAAGUGCUACUACUGAUAUUCAGCACACUUCUGUUUGUGUUGGUUAUGGUCUUACUGCAGGAACAUUUACAACACCACUUUCUCAGCUACAAUGUAGCCCAAACAAGACUGGAGUGGAUGAUCCAAACUGUGUACCUUUUGAGCACACCAGUACUUCAUCCCCAGUGCCUACAAAUUCUCUUGAAUCGGUAGAUAAAAAACAGUCCAAGACAUUAAAUCACACAAGUAUUUAUAGCUCUCCAUCCUCCAAAAUUAUUAGUGAAACAUCGCAGCUGCCUAAUUCUUUGAAAUCAAGUCAGCCAUGUUCUGAUGAUUACCUUCAUUGUACUGUGAGUACUCAGCCAAAGGAUGGGUCUUUAGAACAGCCCCUGAGGUUGCCAGACUUGCAAAUGUCAGCAGUAAACUAUUCUGAAAACAUUUCCCAGUCAGUGAAGAUACCUUCUACCAAAGCCUUAGUGAAUUAUAUAAGGAGUCCGGUAAAACAGAUGGGGUGGGGACAGAAAGAAAAGGGAGACAUUCUAGAUAUAUCAAAUUUUACUCCAAAAAAGGUAAAGCAGAGAUCCCUUUCAGACACUACUGCAGAUGAUAAAGCUGUUGCAUGCUUUAGGAACAAAUGUGGAAAAGAGUUGUUUCCUUUCAACACAGGGCAAUCCAGCCUUGCGGUUCUCAAAGAGUUAUUACAAAAACGUCAGCUAAAGCUCCAGAGAGCCAAUGAACCAUCAAGAAAACCUCAGCUAAACAGAAGCAUUUCUUACCCUUCUGAGCAAAGUGACAGCAGUAAGAACCCAUGUUCUGUUUUGCAGCUCAGCAAAGUACAAGCUUUUGGUAUUUCAAAGGCAAAAGAGACCAAGUCACUGUCUCCUAGACCCAACUCAGAGAAGCAGUGUGAAGUCAAAUUCGCUGAUCACUCUUUAUCUGGUAAUAGUCCUGUUUUCUUUUCUGAUCCUGGGUUUGACAGUUGUUACUCACUUGAAGACAGUUUAUCUCCAGAGCAAAACUACAAUUUUGACAUUAACACCUUAGGCGAGACUGAAUUUUGCAGUUUAUAUUCUGGGAGUCAGUUUGUUGCAGCAGACUUAAGUUUGCCACAGAAGUUUUUGAGUGACGUAUUGCAGGAUUCUACCCCAGGUCAGGUGGGUGAUUGUGACCCUGAGGUCUUGAAGAUCUGUGCACCAAAUUCUCAGGGUGAAAAGUCCCAGCAGCCUUUGGACCAGCCUGCCUGGACAAGGUCAUACUGCUCGAGUCCUGACCUUUUUGAUAGAUCAUCUUCAGAGUCCAAAGACAGGAUUCAUUCAGGCAAAGAGAGCUUCAGUAGACCUCAUCCUGGACAUGUAGAAAAUAGUGUUACUCCCCAGCAUUCAGCAAACAUCCCAAAUGAAAUAACCCCACAAGGCGGACAUCUUCGAAGCACUGAGUUAUCUCUUAUUCAGAUGCGGUCAAGAAGUCAAGACUGGGUGGACUCUGUAAAUAAAAAACCCAGUUCUUCUGGCAUGUAUCUUCCCCUUCAUUCAAGAAACACUUCCCCUGUUGAAAUAAUAAGCUCACCUGAUGAAAAUUAUGAAGAUUCAGAUUUGUCUGUUUGCAGAAAUAAUGGUACAUUAACAUCCACCCCUAGCAGUUCACCUAGAUCUGUCUGUUCACCCUCACAGUCAAAAAAUGGUGGUAUCCUCUCCCGGACAUCAGGUGCUCACAUUUUGAAACCACUGAUGUCGCCACCAAGUCGAGGUGAAAUAAUAGCAACUCUGCUAGAUCAUAACCUCCCAGAGAUGAAGUAUCAAGAACCAUUCUUCAGUGAUCCUACUGAUGCACCAGAAAAGGCAAGGGAAAUUGGAGGCCAUCGUCUUGUAGUAGAAACACGGCUUCCAAAUGGUAUACAAGAAUUUGAAGGAGAUUUCACAGCUGAAGGAAUGGAAUUUUGGAAGACAGUGUUCUCUGCAAUGACUCAGAAUCCUAGACCCAGUUCGCCAGUCAUAAGUGGACACAGUUGUAGAACAACUCAAACAAAACAGCACAGUAAUAGGCCAGGUGAAGAUAAAAAAGUCACAAUAUUACCUUGCAAAUAUGCACCAAGUCGUCAUCGAGUUGAAGUGUGGCUUCAAGCAAAAAAAGAAUAUGAACAAAUAAAGAAGUGCCCCCAGUCUGACUCUGCUGUAGACAAGAAAUAUGGAGCACAGGUAUUACAUUUAAAUGGCAUUGUUUCACCCUGCAGAAUGCCAGUGAUAAUGGUUACCGAACCUGUUAAAGGACUCACUGCAUCAUCUGCUUGCCAGCCCAUGGAGUCCACAAGAUCCAGUCCUGAGUGCAUUUCCCCAUCUUGUAUGUCACCUGUAAGACCUGUUGAAUCAGUUAAAAAUGGCAAUGAAAGUAAAAUGUUGCCAUCAGUUAGUAGUACAUUACCGCCUGAUGAUGAAAAUGGUGAAGAUGGUAGCGAUGGUAAUAACAAUUGUAACUACAGCUCACCUGAUUCUCCAUUGCUGCCACCCUGGCAACCAGUAACUUCUCCAGGUAGUAAAUCUUUCAGUCAAGGCAGUGAUGGAGUGCAUGCCUCCUUAGCUGCAGUAGAAGCUAUCAGUUGUAGAGAUGACUUGACAACAGAGUUAUGUGCAUGUGAAUUGGGAUGUGUAAAAGGAGAAACCAAAGAAUCUGUAAAUAUUUCUCCAUUUAAAAUGAAUGUGCCAUCUGCUGGGGAACCCAGUAUUGUUUGUUUGCACAGUACACCCAUCUUACAAAAGAAGACAAAAACAAUAACUCCAGAAGCAUUAAGAUAUUCACCAGUGUCAGCAGAAAUUAGAUCUCAGAGGUUAAGUCAACGAAAGAGUAGUAAAAAUAGCAGCCUGAGAAGAGGAAUUUUGACAACUCAACUGAAGAAUCAGUUUGCUGGAUUGAACUGUCCAAAGAAAGAGUCAUCACAAAUUGAAGGACCUUCAUUAAACAAUUCCUAUGGUUUUAAAGUUAGUUUACAAAACUUGCAGGAAGCAAAAGCACUACAUGAGAUCCAGCAUCUGAGUCUCUUCAGUAUGGAACUACAUGCCCGUAACAGACGUGAUCUGGAGCCAGAUCCUGAGUUUGACCCUAUCUGUGCUUUGUUCUACUGCAUCACUUCUGACACACCCCUUCCAGACAUGAAAAAACUGGAUGUUUCUGGUGCUCUAAUUGUUGAUAAGGAUCAUGCCAUCUGCCGCAAAGGAGGCAGAAGUCAAUGUCCUCUACUUGCUCGAUCUGGAAUAGCAGGACUACAGGUCACCUACUGUACAGAUGAAAGGCAACUGCUCCAAGCAUUAUCUGAUAUUAUCAGACGCUAUGACCCAGAUAUCCUAGUGGGCUAUGAGGUACAGAUGCAUUCUUGGGGAUAUGUUUUGCAGAGGGCAGCUGCCUUAGAAGUUAAUCUGUGCCAGAUGAUCUCCCGUAUACUUGAUGAUAAAGAAAAUAUGUUUGUGGCUGAAAAGGAUGAGUAUGGUGCAGACACAAUGAGUGAAAUCCAUAUUGCAGGUCGGAUUAUACUGAAUAUCUGGAGAAUGAUGCGGCCUGAGGUUGCAUUAACAAACUACAGUUUUGAAAAUGUUGCUUUCCACAUCCUUCACCAGCGUUAUCCCUUAUUCACCUUUAGAGUUUUGUCAGAUUGGUUCGACACCAAGACAGAUAUUUACAGGUGGAAGAUGGUUGACUAUUACUUAAAUCGUGUGCAGGGGAAUCUCAGAUUGCUGGAAAAACUAGAUCUUGUAGGACGAACUAGUGAACUAGCACGGGUUUUUGGGAUACAGUUUUACCAUGUAUUAACAAGAGGAUCCCAGUAUCGUGUGGAGUCGAUGAUGCUGCGCAUCGCUAAACCUAUGAAUUACCUUCCAGUGACUCCCAGUGUAAUGCAACGUGCCAAGAUGAGAGCUGCACAGUGUAUCCCACUAGUAAUGGAGCCAGAAUCCCGUUUCUACAGCAACUCUGUUGUAGUGCUGGAUUUUCAGUCAUUGUACCCUUCUAUCAUAAUAGCAUAUAAUUACUGUUUUUCCACUUGUCUGGGUCACGUUGAAGACAUAGGAAAGCAUGAUGAGUUUAAGUUUGGGUGUUCCACUUUGCGAGUUCCUCCAGAUUUAUUGUACCAGCUAAGAAAUGAUAUUACCAUAUCACCAAAUGGUUUUGCUUUCGUCAAGCCUUCAGUGAGAAAAGGGACAUUGCCAAGUAUGCUUGAGGAAAUUCUGAAGACAAGGCUGAUGGUGAAGCAGUCGAUGAAGGCAUACAGGAAUGACAAGUGCCUCACAAGAUUGCUUGAUGCUCGCCAGUUGGGACUGAAACUUAUUGCCAAUGUCACAUAUGGCUAUACUGCUGCUAACUUCUCUGGGAGAAUGCCAUGUGUUGAGGUCGGUGAUAGCGUUGUUCAUAAGGCCCGGGAAACACUGGAGCGAGCAAUCAAGCUGGUAAAUGACACCAAGAAGUGGGGAGCCCAUGUUGUGUAUGGAGAUACUGACAGCAUGUUUGUACUGUUGAAAGGAGCUACAAAGGAACAGGCUUUCAAAAUUGGUCAGGAAAUCGCAGAUGCUGUAACUGCUACUAACCCUAAGCCAGUCAAGCUAAAAUUUGAAAAGGUUUAUUUACCUUGUGUGUUGCAAUCCAAGAAGAGAUAUGUUGGUUAUAUGUAUGAAACGCUAGAUCAGAAGGACCCAGUGUUCGAUGCUAAGGGGAUAGAGACAGUCCGAAGGGAUUCCUGCCCUGCUGCAGCAAAGAUACUUGAACGUUCAUUAAAGCUGCUGUUUGAAACUCGAGAUAUCAGUUUGAUUAAGCAGUAUGUUCAGAGACAGUGCUUGAAGCUGCUAGAGGGAAAAGCCAGUAUACAGGACUUCAUUUUUGCCAAGGAAUACAGAGGGCUUCAUUCAUAUAGGCCUGGUGCCUGUGUCCCAGCACUUGAGCUCACUAGGAGAAUGCUUUCAUAUGAUCGUCGUUUAGAACCACGAGUUGGAGAAAGAGUACCAUAUGUUAUCGUUUAUGGCAUGCCUGGAGUUGCUCUAAUACAGCUAGUAAGACGACCCACUGAAGUUUUGAAGGAUCCCAGCAUAAGACUUAAUGCAACUUACUACAUCACCAAACAAAUCCUUCCCCCACUGGACAGGAUUUUCACAUUGAUAGGUGUUGAUGUUUUUAGCUGGUAUCAUGAGUUGCCAAAAGUCCAGAAGGCUUGUUCCACUGCUUGCCAUGAUCAAGAAGGUCGAAAAGGAACAAUUUCUCAGUACUUUACUACUUUGCACUGCCCAAUUUGUGAUGAACUGACACAACAUGGUAUCUGUAAUAAAUGCAGGAGCCAGCCCCAGCAAGUAGCAGUCAUCCUUAAUCAAGGGAUUAGAGAACUAGAACGCAAACAGGAUCAGCUUCUUAAGAUAUGCAAGAACUGCACAGGGUGCUUUGAGCAGCAAAUCCCUUGUGUCUCUCUUAAUUGUCCAGUACUUUUUAAGCUCUCAACAGUGAAUCGAGAACUGUCAAAGGCACCUUAUCUCCGUCAGCUGUUGGAUCAGUUUUAGUUCUGUUCUCAAGGACUCCAGGUGCUAAUUUUUAAGAGUAUACUACACUAAACUUCAUAUGGUGCUUUAAGUCUUUCCAUUUCAUUUAGUCGACUUCUAGUUGCUAACUACUGGGAAGCAGCGAAAAUGGAUCUUCCUUCUAUGAGGUUUGGACAAGUUAUAGUUUAAAACGCACACACCACUGCAGCCUGCAUUUUUAUUAAAAUGUAUAGUAUAUUGUUAAGAGUCAGCCUUUUAGCUAUUUGCCUUUUGUAUUAUAUAUGUUACAGUACAAUUCUGUCACCUUGUAAAUCCACUGAAGACAGAAUUAAUAUUUGUUUAUUCAUGGGUUACUUUUGAAGCCCUUUCAGAUGCUUGAAAGUCUAAUAUUAGAAUUCCGGAGAAAAUGUUAAUUUCCCAUAUUUGUACAGUGUUGACAGACUGUACAACUUAUUGAGUCAUUGUUUUUUUUAUAUUACUAGGACUGCAAAUAUUUGUAAAUAAGUCAACCUUUUUCCUGUUCUCAAAUUUUUAAGUGCCAGAACUUAUUUAAUAAAUAAAUUGACUUUAUACCAGUUUAUUUGCAUUGAAACACUUUAUCAUGACACACCUCUUUCCCUUGACCCCACUACCGCAGAGGGUUUUGUACACUGUGCAGUAUUUUUUAUUUUUUUAUUUUGUCGACUGUGCAGCCAGCCAAUAAUUUUUCUGUGUAGCAUUAAAAAUGGUUAUGUUCUGCAUUAGUUGAUGUUAUGUAGCACACCGUACCACAUUUGCAGUUUUUGUGCUUGCUUGUCAGUUGGGCAUUGUGAAGAUGUAUGCACAGAGAAAAUGUGUUAUAAUACUGUUUGGGACUGUUGCAAUACCCUAAAUUUAUGAAAAGAGUAUAUGUUAUUUCAUUAUGCAUAUUUGUUUUGUAUAGAUGUUUCUAUGGCUUUUAAUAUGCGUAAUUUUUUUUCUCAACAUAUGUACAGUUGAAAAUUAUUUUGCAAGCAUCAUGUACACAAACUGUGUAUUUACAAUAUUUGUAAAACUGUAUAAAAUGAAAAUAUUAAUUAUGUGAUUGGUGAUUUUUUUAACUGGAAAUUGUUCCAUUUUAAAUAUUAUUAAUCUUGAAAUCAUAAAAAUAAAGUAUUAACAAUGCUUACUA